AAAGUUUUGAUAUUUUAUGUUAAUUUCAUCGUGUUAUCACCAAGUUUUGCGUAACAUAGCCUUCAUAUAAACCAAAGGUUCUUCGAAUUAACCAGUUAUUUAACAAAUCAACGUGCUGGUUCAAGAUGAAAUCUUCAAAAUUAAUUUUUGUGUUGUCAAGGGCGAUUAUUGUUGCCCUACUAUUUAGGACUAGUAAUUCAAGUAAUUCCCCUAGUGUAAUUAUUAUAGGUGCAGGCAGCGCGGGAAUAGCAACGGCGACGAAACUACUUAAAAAUAACGUUAGUAAUUUUAUUAUUUUGGAAGCCGAGAAUCGUAUCGGCGGUAGAGUUAAUAGUGUUGAAUUUGGUGACGCAAUCGUUGAUUUGGGAGCGGAAUGGUGUCACGGGGAAAAGAAUAAUGUCGUUUUUGAAAUGGUUAAAAAUUUAGAUGUUUUGCGUUUAAGGGAUUUUUCCGAUUUGAUUUUAGCGUAUUAUUCGAACAGGGCAAGGAUUAAUCCCGUUUUAAAUAACAAAUUAUUUGGUAUCAUUGAUAGUAUUUAUUUUCCGAGUGGAAAUAAAAAACAGGACGAGGGAAUUAGUUUGGGACAAUAUUGUCUUAAAGAAUAUAACAAUAAAGUAUCACAAUUAAAUUUAACCGAUCCAUUAGAACUUCAUUUUACAAACGAUUACAAAGAUUUUUUUGAAAGAUACACACUAUCUUCAGAAGGUUCUUUCUCUUGGGAUGAUCCAUCAGCGGAAAGUGAUUAUAGAGAUUGCGAAGGACGUUUAGAUUGGAAUUGGAAUGGAAGAGGUUAUAAAACGGCUUUAGAUGUUCUUAUGCAAAAAUUUCCAAACACAUCUCAACCACUACCAAUAGACGAUAAAAUUUUAUUGAAUAAAGAAGUUGAAAAAAUUUAUUGGGAUAACCGCAAUGAUACGGUCAGCGUUUUAUGUAAAGAUAAUACGCUUUACAAUGCAGAUAUGGUUGUAUUUACACCUUCAUUGGGCGUGUUGAAAGAUCGCCAUGAAAAACUUUUUGUACCAACUUUACCGGAAUAUAAAAAAAUUGCGAUUAGAAAUUUAGGUAUUGGAGCUGUGAUGAAGGUUAUGUUAUUAUUUGAGAAAUCAUGGUGGCCACAAGGGUCCGAUUUUAACGGAUUUAUGUUCAUUUGGGCGUCAGAAGAUAAAAAUGGAAAAUUAGAAAAGUUUAAUAUUAACGGAAAACCUUGGAUAUUAGACUUAAUGGCUUUAUUACCCGUCGAAAAAAAUCCAAACGUAUUAUCAGCUUGGUUCGUAGGCUCUAGUGUACCCAACAUAGAAAUUUUAAACUCCAAAAAUUUACUUGAUGGUCUCAAUUUUGCUUUGGAUCAAUUUUUAAGUCAUGAAUAUAAUGUGACAAAACCAAUUUCUUUUAUACGAUCUCAAUGGUAUACAAAUCCACAUUUUCGUGGGACAUACUCUUACCAAACGAUCGCUUCCAGACAAACAAAAAGUAAUGCUGUUAUAGCACAACCACUUUUGAAUAAAAACGGAAAAGAAACAGUAUUAUUUGCCGGAGAAGCUACCCAUCCAAUUCGUUAUUCCACGGUGCAUGGAGCUAUUGAAACCGGAUUUAGAGAAGCGGAUAGCAUCAUUAAGAAGUUAAACUAUAUACGUCGAAAAUGAAAAAAUUAAUUCAAUAUUGAAAAUGUAUAAUUACUAGUUAAAAAUACUAAUAAUAAAAUCACAAA